GCUCCCCCGCCCGCUCCAACAUGCCCUCAGUGCGCCUGCCGCCGCGCCCCGGGCGCUAGACCGCGCGGCCGCCAUGGGGAAUGGGAUGAACAAGAUCCUGCCUGGCCUGUAUAUCGGCAACUUCAAAGAUGCCAGAGAUGCAGAGCAGUUGAGCAAGAACCAGGUGACACACAUUCUGUCUGUGCACGACAGCGCCAGGCCAGCACUGGAGGGGGUUAAAUACCUGUGCAUUCCAGCAGCGGAUUCACCAUCUCAAAACCUGACAAGACAUUUCAAAGAAAGUAUUCAAUUCAUCCACGAGUGCCGCCUGCGAGGUGAGGGCUGCCUUGUUCACUGCCUGGCCGGCGUCUCCAGGAGUGUGACUCUGGUGGUCGCAUACAUCAUGACGGUCACCGACUUUGGCUGGGAAGAUGCCCUGUGCACUGUGCGUGCGGGGAGGUCCUGUGCAAACCCCAACCUAGGCUUCCAGAGGCAGCUGCAGGAGUUUGAGGAACACCAGGUCUGUCAGUUCCGCCAGUGGCUGAAGGAGGAGUACGGAGAGAGCCCUUUGCGGGAUGCAGAAGAAGCCAGAGGCAUUCUGGGUAAAUACAAAGAGCAGGGGCGCGCGGAGGCCCCACCUGGCGCCAGGCGCUGGGGUGGCCUCCCGGCCUCACCUCCUCUGGCCUACGGCAGCUGCACCACGGAGACCUAG